AUGGCAUAUCUUAUUGUGGAAGUCCUCGGACUUAUCCUGGGAGUAGUCGGCACAAUACUUACGAUCAUUGUUACAUCCAUGUCGCAGUGGAGAGUGUCGUACAUGGUUGAAGGUAAUGCACUGAACUGCGAUAAACGUAUUGAUGGUCAAUGGCUGAGUCGUUGGGAUGGAUUAUGGCUGACCUGUGUGACCAAAAAUGAUAAUAGUAUGCAAUGCACCAACUAUAACUCCUUGGUAUCUAUCACAUCUGACUUAAAGGCUGGAAGAGUUCUUAUGGCUUUUGCUGUCGUACUGUCCAUAAUUGGACUUAUCAUUGCCAUUUUUACGCUACUGUGCCUCCGAUGGUGCAAAAAAGCAGAAGGUGGUCGGCACUGCUUGCUUAUUACUGCAGGGAUCGCAUUUCUUCUUGCUGGACUUCUUGUUCUCAUUCCUAUUAGUUGGGUGACCAGCAACAUCAUCAGAGAAAUCAACAACCCAAUGUGCAAAACAAUUCAGCGUCAAGAAAUCGGAGAGGCACUUUUCCUUGGCUGGCCCACCCUGGUCUUCCUGUUGAUUGCAGGAGCAAUAUUCUGCUGGCAAUGUCCACAUAAAGAGAGGUGCAAGAGCAUUGAAUAUUCUUCACAAGCCUCCCUACCCAGACCAGUGUAUAUACCUUGUCAAACACAAGAAAAAACCCUGAGCCAAUGUCACUAUUCUAGGAGUCAGUACAUCUGA